AUGUCUAUUGGUUCAGUGUAUGAGAAAGCGUAUAAAGGAGACUUUAACCAAGUAAAAGUUAAAAUAGACGAGGAUAAAACAUUAGCAGUUACUCCAGAUGAGAAUAACCGUCUUUUAAUUCAUUGGGCUGCUCUUGGAGGCAAUGAAAAUUUGGUGGACUACUUGCUUGAUUGCGGCUCCCCUGUUGACCCUGUAGAUGAUACCAAUGCUACUCCAUUAAUAUUAGCCGCCUCAGCUGGACGAUAUGAGGUUGUCAGAUUACUUAUAGGCAAAAAAGCUAAUGUUAAUCACAAAACAAGUCGCCACCAAACUUCUUUGCAUUAUGCAUCUUCUAAAGGACAUAAAGAGGUGGUAAAAAUCCUUAUAAAUGUAGAUGCCAAUGUAAAUAUUCCUGAUGUUUUGGGAGCAACUGCUCUACAUAGAGCUUCUGCUCAAGGCAGAUCAGAUAUUGUAGAGAUUUUAUUGAAUUCCAAACACAUAAAGGUUGAUGCCAUUGAUUCAACAAAAUGUACACCACUAUAUCUGGCUUGUGAAGAAGACAGAGAAAUUGUGGCAAGCAUGUUAAUUAAAGCUGGUGCACAAGUUGACAUAAGAAAUAAGGAAGGAAAUACUGCAUUAGAUAUAAGUUCUCCAAAGUUAAAAAAGUUAAUACUGACUUUAAUUAAUAAAAGCUAA